AUGGCAGGUAAGAAAGGAGAUAUCGCCAAGGAGUCAAGGAAACAGCAGCGAAAGGAAUUAGAAGAUCAACAUUGGUAUCAUGGUUUACUGUCCAGAGAAGACAUCGAGAAGUUGCUGGUUAAGAAUGGAGACUUUUUGGUGCGUGUAACGGACAAUCAAGGAGUACAUCAAAUUGUUCUCAGUAUACAUGUCGGUGAAAGAAAUAUUCAUCUAACUAUUGCUGUGACGGAAGAUGGCCAUUUUCAACUGUCAGUACUACGAAGAGGGCCUAGGUUUCCCUCGAUUUACGACUUGGUCCAAUAUUAUAAGAUGCAUAAAAUCAAGAUAAAAGAUGCAAGCGGCAAAGAUAUUCGUCUUGGAGAUGGAGUACCCAAGCCUAAAUGGCUUGUUAAACAUGAAGCGAUCAAUUACGACAAAAAUAAAGCAUGUCAUUUAAAUUUGCCACUUGGUUCAGGAAAUUUUGCGGAUGUCUAUCUUGGCACAUUUACUUGUGAGAAAGAUGGCAAUAAGCAAAUAAUUCCGGUGGCAAUCAAGAUUAUAAAGCCUGAAAAAGGUGGUGGACGCGAAGCGAAGCAAUCAAUGAUAAGGGAAGGCAAAAUUAUGAGUUUUUAUAAUCAUGAAAACAUUGUUCAGUUUUAUGGAGUAGCAUGCGAUCGACCACCAAUAGCCAUUGUGAUGGAGUAUUGUCCUGGUGGUAGUUUGGAAAAUCAUCUCAAAAAGCAAAAGGAAAAUAUCGUCAUCGGCGAACGAAUUGAAUAUUGUUUAGAGGCAGCACUUGGUAUGCGGUAUUUGCAUAUGCAGGGUUGUCUCCACCGUGAUCUUGCUGCACGUAAUUGUCUUAUUUCGAUGACGGGUUUGGUGAAAAUUUCAGAUUUCGGUCUAAGUAAAGCAGACACACUUGAAAGAGAGAAUGGUAUUGAAUUGAACGGUAUUCCAAUAAGGUGGAUGGCACCAGAAACGCUCGUAAAAAAUCCCCACUUCUCGAAGAAGAGUGAUGUAUGGUCAUUUGGGGUUCUAUUAUAUGAGAUUUUCAACUUGGGCAUAAAGCCAUGGCCAGAUGAUGAAAAUAAAAGGAUAGCUACAAAUAUUCGGCAUAUUCGAAUGCCAGAAAUGCCAUCAAUAACACCACCAUCAAUUAAAGCUUUAGUUUCAACUAUAUGGGUAAAAAAUGUAGAUAAUAGACCAAAUUUCAAAAUUAUAUGCAAGAAAUUGCAUGAUAUGCAAAAGGGUGAUCUAAAACCACCACCAGUUGCCGAAUGUGCAGUAAAUCGUAUACCUAAUGUGAAACGAAUGGGAUAUAUCAAAAUAGAGCAAAUGUUGGACGAAACAACAGAGGAAGCAGAACCUGUAGAAACGCCCACAAUGACUACUGAUGAAACUACCGAGGGAGGGAGAAGAGUGCGUAGAAGAUCGAUAAAUACGAAGUAA